AUGUACAGAGAUCCUGCUGAGGAUGAAAACUAUACUGCUUUCCUCGCACAACUCGAUGUACUUUUCACGCAGAUCAAUGCAACCGUCAAUAACAAGGACCUGAGCAGUACCAGCAAAACUAAACUAAUUGAUGUCCGAGCAGUGGUGGAUGAGUGGAUCGAAGAAUUGGGCAAACUCCUACCUCAAGGCUCGAUGGAGACUUCGGUAUCGCAGUCAGUCGUGUUGGUAUCAGCAGACGGAAAUGCGAGUGAAGAGAUGCGUUCUGACUCCACCAAUUUGGACCUUCGAAGUGAUAAAUCGAACACCAUUAUGGAGUCACUGCAGGACUGUGGUGGACCACAACAACAACAUACGUCCACUGUAAAUGAUCUUACUCAGGACAUGUUCAGGGCAUCCUCAAAACAACAAACCAACAGGGUGUCGGGGAGCAUCUUUAGGACCAAAACCAUGGUGGAUCUGAUCACAUUUAUGCAGCUCUUGUUCACCAACGGCCUACCAGAGAGCUCAAAGUUGCGGGCUUCAGCAAAGGCCUUGGCACGGCUGGUUGUGGUACGCUGCUGUUCCACAGUUACGUCGGGGCUGCAACACGUUCUGCAACACACACACUCAAUUACCUGUGUUUCGGAAAACAGCAAAAUAGAUUUCGCGUCAGCCUCCAAGAGCAACGACACAGACAACAGCGAUCAUAUAGAGUGCUGUGAAAUCUUCACACAACUAGCAAACAAUAUUCGGCUUUCCACUAGGGCGCUCAAACAAUGUUUGGAGCUGGUGAUUCAACACACCAGUAUAAGCUCUCCAAAAUAUAUGCGUUUUGCUAUGCAGCUUUGCGUAAACGCAGCGAAGUUGAUACGGCACUCAAUGUUGUACUUUCAGGGUCGCCUUGAACAAGAGGGGUUGGCGCUUCUUGGUGGAGAGUUCACUGGGGCAGUUUCAGCUAUCGACACUACAAACAUCGAUGAAUGGGCUGAAAUACACUGUAAUAAUAAUAAUAAUGGUAGCAACAAGGAUGAUCUAUCACACGGACCCACGAGUCUAGUGUUUGAUUCGUAUGUACGGCAUUGCACGGAAUCCCUUCGACAGCUAUGGGGGCCUUCGCUUACCUACAGUAUUUCCGAGAUCGGUAGUGUUCUCCCGAGCAUCGUGAAGUUUCUUGUAGAUACAUCUGCUAUUAAUGAACUUAAAGCAGUAGCGGAGCUCGCCGCAGUCAAAUUGGAUGCUCAGAGUGCUCUCUUUUCGUUGGGCAGUUCUAUGCUGUUGCUGCACAAGGAUAGCGGAAAACGUGAUGGCCAUCAUCUCGGGAAAGAAUUGAACAGAAACAUGCAACACGUAACCGCGCAGUCCAUUGAAUUGCCCACCGCAAGCGAUGCUGCCUACGAGAAACGCCGUACAUCUUCACUUGAUAACCCACUGUCUUCUAAUAAUUUAGCUGCUCGCUGUGUGUUACUGUGUCUGGGUAUCAGCUUCCAGGCGGAUUACAUUACGACAAUAGCGGAAUGUUCUGGUGAUGAGAACGACGGACACCUAGUGGCUACCAGGAUUCUCAACGAUGACUUGUGUGACUUGUUGAAGGAAAAGCAAAGUUGUGGUAAUGUAUUACUUCGGAUAAUACUCCAGAGAGCCAAGUGGCGGAAAGCCCUGCUUCAAGGUAUCGUCAACUGCAUUGUAUCACAGCGGCACGUGGUACUUUAUACUGGGCUGAAUAGCCUACGCCUCCUUGUUACCAAUCUCACCACAGAGCUUAUCAAAGAAAUUGGUUAUAUUUACUCCUACUGUGUAUUUCCGUUUUUGGAAUCUGGAAAUAGUCCAAAUCACCUCAAGAAGUGCGUUCUGUCUCAUCUUAUUAGUACGUUUUUGAAUCCAGCAGUGGGAGGUGUCUCCAUGCUGCUGCACCUCUACCGCAUCUAUGACCUCAAUAUUCAUGCUCAUCAACUCAAUCUUGCGCAUAAGUUUGUCUCAAUAUUGUCACAACUCGUUCGGGAAGCCUCUUGUAACGGAUUCUCACACGAUGCAACAGCUUACCAACACCAAGAUCAACUAAAUAGCCCCGGCAAUACGGGCCCUCUUGACACGCAACCCUCAAUCCCUCUUAUGGCCCUCAAUGCCUUGCUACUUGUCGUGGAGGCCCUUCGACGAGAAGCACCACAGGAAGGCGAGUACAAUUCUCGUCCCCCUCACCUCCUGCAGGUACUAGAUAAUCGUAUCGAAAAGAUAGAACAACAGCGCCUUGUGGAGCGCUUUGGUGAGUCCAAGAACGCCAUUCACGAUUACUUUGGGGUAAAGGAUGAAGAAAUCAACCCACCAGACACAAAUCCUAUGUUUGCCAAGGAAUAUGACCACAAGCUACUCCCCCGUCCAACUCAAAAUGUAACGCAGGAAAAAAUUAAGCGUGUCGUUGACUUCCUCCAAGAUAUACAUACGCUGCAUCCGGAGACUGUGGUGGACUAUCUUACUACCCCGAGCGUAUUCCCCUUGCAGGUGUGCAUGGUUUACAUGGAACGCCUCCCGCUGGCGGGUUGUGGACUUGUAGAAGCAUUACGGGUACUUUUUGCAGCGCUGCAGCUCCCCAAAGAAGGACAGCGGGUUGAGCGCAUGUUAGAAUUUUUUACAGCGGCAUACUUUAAAGAAAACAACGUUUCGGGAAUCGAUCGCAUGGUAUUCCCAUUUGCUGACGUCGAAAGCUGCUUCUUAGUCGUUGUUGCAAGUGUGAUGCUAAACACCUCUCUGCACAACCCCAUGGCUGGAUCUCGCAUGAAAAAAGACCAAUUUCGUGAGCAGCUGAUGAGUUGUGAUGAGCUGAAGGAUUGUCUGCCCACAUUCUUCGACGACAUCUUUCACACAAUUAAUCGAUACCCUAUUAAUGGUGCGAAAAAAAACAGUUACACCAUGCAAGAGAAUGGGCACAGUAAGGCUAGCACACAUAUUGAUACUUAUGGAAGCUUGGACUCACUCUUUAUCUCCUCGGAGGAACGCCGGAUGCUGUCCUUUGAACUAGAACGCCACCAUUUAGUGAACGAAAUCCAGUGCCUGCUUCAGCGCAGUAGCGUGGACACCUGCAAGCCAGUAUCUAUGCCAGACGUAAGGUGGUCAUCCCAACCGCGGUGGUGCGCCGCUGCCAGGGAUCUCUACUUAAAUAUGUGGCCUUCAGUCUGUGUGGUUUUCGGCCCAUCCAUGUAUGAAGGAAAAUCCUCACAGGAUAUUAUAAGCAAGUGCAUUCAGGGACUAAAGUCGCUUAUGUGUGUUGCAGCCAACUUUUCACUGCCAACAGAAUGUGAAGUUGCCCUGUCGGCCUUACUACACAUGAGCACUUACAAUGCGAUGCGCGAUCCCUGUCGGAACGCUCUUCUGACAGUGGCCAAAACGGCUCACUCCGCAAACUUCUCUGCUCGCUCAUGGUACUUGAUUUUCAAUCUACUCGUGGAGCUCCACCCGGUGUCAGACAGCAGCGUACUAGGACAAGUGGAAAGUGUGUUAACGCGCGUCGAAAGCUACACCCGGCGCUGGUGCGAAAAGGACCCUAUGGUUAACACGCUGGACGAUUUAAAAACAAACAAGCGGAAGCUUGAUGAAAGCUAUGGCGAGAGUAUUGGUGAAACCGUUCUAUAUGAUGAUCCCGGUCUGGCAGUAUAUCAUGUACUGGAAGGCCUCGUUAGGUGGUUGCUGGACGUUCCUGAAGGUAGUAAUGUCCGUCUUGGUAUUGGUCUUCGUUAUCUUAAACGUGUCCUCAGCUAUUCAGUGAUCACACACUCCGAUCAAACCACUGAUGUUAUACACCUCAUCAAUGUGCACAUCCUUGCGCAGUUCGUUACACCACACCUAAUAGAACUGGUGUGCCGGCAUGUUGCUUCUAGUGAGUGUUUGCAAGUUAUCUUUGAGUGUGUGGUGGAUCUGUUGGACACCAUGUGGACCUCAAACUAUGUGAGUCUGCGCCGCGCAGGUACUGCAGUUACAAAUAGCGUAAAAAAAUCUAGCUCCAAUACUGUUGAGCCCUUGCAAACAGACAUCAUCAGCAACGUCCCGUAUCAGAAUAAUUUUAUUACCUGCUUUAACCUAUUUAAACUUUGCUUUUUGGGUGUUCGUCCAUCCUGUACUUUGGUGAAGGUACAUCUUCUACAGGCCACAAAAGAGCUCAUGAGCCGUAUUCUGCGCUUCACGGCUCUUGCUCAACCCCAGAACAUCAGCAGCGAUAACUAUAGCAAACACACACAUCCACCCCUCGAGUUUUCGGUGGUUGUGACGACCUGGUGUCAAAUGCUCUAUCCCCUGGUACGGUCCCUUUCGGACCGUGAGACAUCAGGCACAGAAGUUGUGAGCCUUGCAGGACUGGUACUUCGACAACUUGUGGGCCUCAGGAACGAAGCAAGCAGCGCUGUCGGUAUGGUCACACUGGCACCUGUGUCACCACCACCACUCGUACAUAUCGUCUUUUCAACCCUUCUGGCACAUGCCGCGUAUAUAGGAUGCAUGUCUGCCGAUCUCGAUUGUGCGCAGAUAUGCGUAGCUCAACUCAACACAAUUUGCCGUGACAACCUUGUUGCCGCCGCGACGAGCAGCCGUCACCGUUUUCUAGAGUUGCCACAUGACUCCCGCGCGCUGGUGGAGGAUUCGCCCGGGGGGGAGCCCUCCCCACUAAACGAGUCAGAAAUGCUGCUGCGGAACAUUGUUAAGCGCUUAAACAGUGAUCCAGACUUUAUCAUGCUGCACACAUUGGAACGGUUGAGCUUAGUUUUGCAGUGCGAGCGUGAACAGAUCCGCACUGAGGCUGUGGAGAACCUGCGGACCCUCUCACUGCAGCUGCAGCCGAGCCAAGUGCGUGCUGUGGCCCUCCAGGUAUCUGAAGUAGUUUUAGAAAGCACCCUUGGCUUUGCAAUGUCGCAUCAUACGAUUUCCCGGACGGACCCCCGCCUGGUAAGCUUCGGUAUCUUUAUGAUGGAAAUUCCGUCCACAAUGAGACAGUGCUCUCGGACUGCCUUCAGGGUUACGUUGCCGAGUGUUCUUCACUUCUUGACUAAGGAGCUACUUGAUAUUCUUCCCGCCACGCACCUGAGUGAGGUCGCCCAGGGGAUCAUGGAGCGGUGCCUUGUUCCGAUAGUGGUCUCGCCUCGUGUGAAUUUCCCCCUUACACGUGUGGCGGCGGCCCAUUCACUGACUCAGUGUGCCAUGUGUUGUCUCACCCGGUAUCAGCAACAGCAAAUAGCUGCAGGAGAAGAAUACGCAAAAGUGAGGCCCUCAAAGUAUCCUUUUGUGAGUGUGUUGAAUUGUAUGUGUCUGGUACUUCUUUGUACACGAAUGAACAUCGACGGUGUAGUGCCUUCCGAUGCCGAGUACGUUGGUAAGACAUGGCCUCGUACCAGUAGUGGCCCUUUCACCGGAAAGGAAUCCAAUGAAUUUGUAGACUACGUGAAAAAGGCACAACAGGCUUUGCGACUCUUGACAACAGCUGAUCUACUCGACAUUACCGGUAAGCCAUAUAGCGCCUCAGUCCCCAUUAUCACAAAUGACAAUGUGGAGAAGAAGCAGCAGGUGGCACAUCCCCAAGAGGACUGUAUAAAAACAGUGGGUAACGUUACGCAAGAAUCCAUCAGUAUGGAUACCACCACUACGGUAAUCACGGAAAGAGAAAACGACAAAACUAAGAUAGAAGAAGAUAACGAAAGUGUUGGCCUACCCCUGCACCAACUGGUUCCAGAGGUGGAGCUAGUGACAGACCAGCAGCUCGUCGAAUAUUGCAACUUUCUGGUGCAAGUCCUUUCCGGUCUUCCAAAGAUACUGGCCGAUGCAUUAGUGCAGCCACCAUCGACCAUCCGAAACCGUGACACCACACAAGAAAGGGAAGCCGAAGGCGAUGGGCAGCAACAGAGAGGCGGUUGGGCGCCACCUGCUGCACCGGCCACGGUGUUUAUAGAACUGCUCGUUGAUUCCGCUCGGAUUCUAUUUGCAUCGUUUUGGCGUGUUCGGCAUACCCGUGAAAUGCAGCUCUUUUACACGCAAUAUACACCCAAGGGCCGCGAGGUUCCACAUGAAGCACUUAAAACAAGCAUGACCUUGUUGCCUCACACACCCCUCCGAGGUGUUCUUAACAGUUAUGUUGAGCUUGCCAUCCUUACAGAAAGCUACCCUCUGGCAGAGAUCCUUCGGAUUACAGUUGAUGUGCUUCGUAGUAUCCCAGGUAUUCAAGCCAGUAGCACCAUUAUACAACCUACACAUAGCAACCGCCAGGUGGAUUCAUCCACCGCGGCCGAAUGGACUCUUUUGCAGCACAUGAGCCCGCAGGAGCAGCAACACGUACGUGCCUGCAGUGUUGGUAUGUACCAGGAGCUCGCCAUUGUUGUUUCGAAUUGGGUCAAAUACCUGAUCCAACCACCCUCACAACUGAGUGCACGGCGACGGAAAGCCCUCCGAGAAAUUUGUCUCGAUACAAGGCUGAUCCUAUCCCUUGUCGAGCUUCUCUCACCCACCCUUGAGCCUUUCAUCCCGACUGUAAAGGAGUACCUCAUUUGGUAUAUCUCACAGGGUCAACUGUCUGCCCCAGUCCACUCGGCAACGCUAGGAAGGGAAGUGGCAUCAUUGAUGGCGCCACCAUCUGAACAGUCCGACAUAGUUCAUAAAGGUGAGACUACGAAAGGGGCAGAGGAACAGUAA